AUGUUAAGCACAAGGAAAGAGGCAAAGGAAUACAUCAAACAUAUAUUAUCACAACAUUUUUAUAACAAUGAAUUGUACUUCUUGGUUUUCUGGAAAGAUGAGGAUCGUUCCAAGUCAACAUGGGAGAAAGCAUCAGAUGUACUCACUCAGGAGUUGAUCGAUGAGUACUGUCUAGAACUGUCCAGCAAUUUUAGACAACAACUAUCAUUAUUGAUAUUGGAGGAAUUCCCAUUUGCUCCAAAUCAAUCUGUAUACUCUUCAAAGAUCAUGGCAAGCCUGGGCAAGAACAACAACAUCAACAAUUCAUCAUCAUUACCAUCACCUCGUAAUCAAUUGGUCAACUCUGCAGACUCCUCAUCUUCUCUUCAUCAAUCGAGUGGCCACAACACCAACAUUGUCCCUGUCUCUGACGAUAACAGUGGCUCAUCAUCAUCUGGUGACAAUGAUAGCGAUAGCGACAGUGACAAUGAUAGUGAUAGCGACUCAGAUUCAUCCUCCUCCUCCGAUAAUGAUGACCCAAUGAAUACAAGUACCAACCCAAGUACUAGUACAACUACAGGUACAUCCACAAAGAGCACGAGCACAAGUGGAAGUAGUGGCACGAGCAUAAAGGAUUUAAAGAAACAAGAAAAGAAGGAUAAUAAGAAGAUAAAGGCAAGAGCAAGCAGACCAGAUGCCAAUGGUGAUAGUGGAUCAGCAUCAUUGAUAUCAUUACCAAAGAAGCGUGGCAGACCACCCAAGCAUUUCAACACCAAUCUUAUAUCGCCAGACACAAUCCACGACUAG